UACAUUGUAGAAUUAAGUUUUACCCAAUGUGUAUAACCAAUGCUACCACUUAAAAAUAAAAUUCAGGUUCGCCAACUUAACCCUAAUCACCACCCUUGAAUAGCUCUAUUUUCUAUGAAAAUUGGGCCCAUAAUUGGAAAAACUAAACCGUUAGGCUAGAAAUGGUGAAACGGUGGUAUGCAACCAACAAUACACUUCCGCAACCUUUAUCCCACCUGUUGCUUCAGCGACUCCUCUCCCACCUGUCCUAAAAAUGUUGCUUUGUGGAGUACAUUGCACACAAAGUCGUCUUUUGUAAACAAACAUCCCAUCAGAACCCAUCAAUUUUCGUCCCAUCGGCAAGGUACGUCCCAAUCAUUUACCUACACCCAGGAAGCACCACCCAAAACCUGUCCAUCCCACCUUAUUUGGGAAAUACCAGAUCGUCAAAGUGGGUUUCCCCUCGCUAAAGAUGUUGCGCCCCCUUUUCGUGCUCGCCUUCGCCGCCCUUGCCACCGCCAACGUGAACCAAUGCCGCUCGAAGCUGCUCAAGGGCUGCAACUGCGGGAAAAUCUACUUCGAAUCUCAGACUUUCUUCGCAGUUAAUUGCACGAAUCAGGCGUUCCGCAACACCGACAUGCUCCAGGAGCUCCCGGAGGAGACUCAGAUGCUGAUCUUCACCGGGAACCACGUCCCGGUGCUGGAAAUGAACGUCUUUGGGGAGGAGCUGGACUUGAGCGAGUUGAAAGUUGUGGAUAUGAGCAAUAACGGGAUUCGCGAGAUCAAGGGCAAGGCCUUCCACCACGUCCCGAGUGUGGAACGUCUGAUCCUCAACCACAACAACAUCUCGAUUGCGAACGAAGACGACGGCAAUUUCCACCACCCGCGCGUUUUUUCCAACUUUUACAACUUGAAAGAGCUGCAUUUGACGAACGCUUUCGCCGACAACACCGACGCCGCUUUGGCCAACGACUUGCACGAUAUCUUCGUCAACAGUAAUCUGACCAAGCUGUACAAACUGCAUUUAGAACAAAACGAGAUCAAAUUCUUCAAGGACGAGAACGUUUUCUGUGAUUUACCCGACUUGCAUGACAUUUAUUUGGGCGAUAACAGUAUUCCCAGACUCAACUUCAACUUGCGCUGCUUGAACAAGCUGCGCUACUUGGAUUUGGAGAAUAAUAACAUUAGCAAGUUCAGUGAGGCCGAUUUGAGCCAUUUUGAGAGCUUGGCCACGCCCGGCCGCCAUUUCACGCUGGAGAUCCGGGGAAACCCCUUCAGGUGUGACCAAGCCAUCAGGAACUUGUACAAUUGGCUGCUCACCACCAGGGUGGAAGUGCGCAAUAAAGACCACCUGGAGUGCCACCAGGCCAAAUAUGGCAACAAGUACAUACUCAACUUGAAAAAUUUGGCGGCAGCUAAACACGCCAAAAUUUCCCAAGGCAUUACUGUCUUACUCAUUGUUUUAACCAUUGUUUUGCUAACCCUACUAGCCACCUACGCCUAUUUGAAGAAAGACAAGGUCAAGGGCAGGUUUGGGCCCGUGGUGGAGGCCCUGACGAGGAAAGUGCAUUACACAACGAUAGAUUCACAAGACGUCUGAUCUCUAACUGUGUUCCUAACCCAUUGUUGUGAUUUUUUGUGUGUAAAAAAUGUAAAUAACAAAUGUCCAUUUUUAAAAUUCUCGUAAUUAAUUUAGUAGCGCGACUCGAAUGUAUUUUAUACAUUUUUCUAUUAAUAAAUAAGUUUUACUAUA